AUGGAUGUUCUCCUGGAGAUAAAGCGAGACCCCAUGUAUCGGAAGCCCAGGUCAGUGCUGGUGAACCCGAAUUCACCCUAUGCAGAUCAGUAUUGUGUUUUCCAUGAUACCACCGGGCAUCGCACCGAAGCUUGUAUUUCCUUGAGACUUCUGAUAGAACGUUUUAUAGAAAAUGGAAAGCUCGUACGUUUCCUCUCAGAUCAAAGAAUUCAACAGGAUCCGGGGCACGGCAACCGCCCCCAGGAAAACUACAAUCAGUUCCAUCAGAAUCGGAACAAUCCUCGGAAUGACCGAGGAAGAGAUCAGGAAAGGGGCAGGGAACCAGAACGCAGGCCGGACCCUCGAGGAGGAGGAGAGUCUAACUCGGCACGGAAGGCAUAUGCAAGGCAGUUACAGGAUUUUGAGGUAUACUCAGUGCAGAAACCUCCAAAGUCCCAGAAACGAGACGCCCAGGUGAUCGGGUUCUCGGAUGAUGAUUAUGAGGGGCUAUCUCUUCCCCAUACCGACGCUCUGGUACUAAGUUUGGUCAUUGCCAACCAUAAAAUCCAUCGCAUCUUGAUUGACACAGGAAGCUCGGCUGACAUCCUAUAUAGGUCAGCCUUCGAGCAAAUGAAGAUAGAUCGAGACAGAGUGAUUUCGGCAAGAAAUUCACUUGUGGGUUUCACAGGAGAACAAGUGCUCCCGCUUGGUUCCAUCAAGCUCACAGUGACAGCAGGAACGUACCCGAGGCAGAGCACGAUAAUGGUUCGGUUCUUGAUAAUAGAUCGACCAUCGGCUUACAACUCCAUCCUUGGAAGAACAGCUCUCAACGAGCUUAAGGCAGUAACAUCGACCCCCCACCUAAGCAUGAAAUUCCCCACCGAAGAAGGAGUUGGUGUCGAAAAAGGAGACCAACGGAUGGCUCAAGAAUGCUACAACACAAGCUUGAAAAAGCUCCCAGAAGCUGCGAGACUCGGAGAGAGGAAAAAAGACGACGAAAAAUAG